GAAUAGAUAGAGAAAAUAACUUAGCAAAGAAUUUUGGAGUUUAACAAAGUAAGACAGUCUAUCGGGAAUGUUUACGUUGAGUGUGGCAAGUUGUAGCAGCAGGAGUGACUGUGUGUAGCUCACAGGCGACUCUGUAAUGACUCACGGGAUGCAGGAUGAGUCAAUGGCGACUAUACACCAUCAGACUAUUGGUGGCAGUGCUGCUGGUGCUGUGUGUGCUGCUGCUGGCACUGGUGGAGGCGCAGAGGAGUGAGGAGGAGGAGUGGUUCCAUGGCGAGGACUUGAGAGUGCCCCAGUAUUGUGACAGUCCAGGAAACGUGAUAGACUCGCCCAUAGACGUAUACGAGGGGCAUGUCUUGAGGCGCCUGCAUGAGUACGUGGACGAGGAGGUGUUGUCAGUAGACGUGGAGGAGGAGGAGCAGGAGGAGAACGUGUAUGAGGAGCUGUACCAUGGCCGCGGAUUCUCUCUCCCUCACUGCCCCGACACACCAGCUGAGGAGGCGGCUGAGAGGCCGGCUGUGGUGGUGAGCACGCUGGAUGGCCGCAUCACUGCCCUUGACAUGGCCAGCGGUGCAGUGCUGUGGUCACACCAGACCGGCGACGGCAGCACCACACAGCCCCUUCUGUCAUCAUCUAUGUCAAAGCUGGAGGUCACAUCGCGCGGGGAAUGGGUGCGACUCAUACCCUCACUGGAUGGGGGUAUAUUUCGCUUCGACGGGGAGGGAGUGGAGCCCCUGCCAGUCACUGCUGAUACCCUCCUGCAGUCCUCCUUCAAGUUCAACCCUGACACAAUCUUCACAGGAGCCAAGGUGACGGAGGUAUGGGGUCUGGCGCUUGAGUCGGGUCGGGUCACCUACGUGUGUCUGGCGUCAGGAUGCAAGCGGCAGAACACAGCCAGCCCCACCCCCCCGAGGCUGCUGGUGGUGCGUCGAGUCACCCAGACUGUCCGUGCUGUUGACCCUAAAUCUGGAGACGAGAGGUGGAAUUUUAGCGUGGGCCAGCAUGAAUUGAACCUGGGUGGAGGGGGAGGCUGUGGGUCAGGGGCGGCCAUGGGUGGAGAUGGCCCCUCCCCACCCCUGCCUGCCCUGCGCUUUGUGGUUCCUGAGGGCGUCAUCAUGGGCAUGCAUCAGGAUGGCUCUCUUCUCUGGCAGCAGAAGCUAACAUCACCAGUGGUCAGUGCGUGGCGGGUCCUGCAAGGGAAACUGGAGGAGGUGGACCUGUUCAGUACUUCAUCCAUCCCAGCGCUCUCACCUGACAAGAACACACCAGGCUCAGGAACAGUCAGGGAACCGGGUGGUGGUGGUGGUGGUGGUGGUGGUGGUGGCAGUGGUGAGAAGCAGCCAGCACUGUAUGUAGGGGUGCACCAACAGCAGCUGUACAUACAACAGAGCGCCGGCAUGCACCACCAGCUCAACUCUGCCGCUCGACUCUUCACCGCUGACUCUACUGAAGACUCUCUAGUGACCAAGUACCCCCGAGUGCAGUGGCGGCCGUACCUUGCCUCUGCACCCUCACGCACACCCAUUGUCAACCACCACCACCACAACCAGCACCCUCUCCUCCUGAGCUUCGAGGCGGACGAGGAGCCAAACACCGCCAUCGCUCUCACACACCAUAUCGACUAUCCGUUUGACAAUGGGUACUACCUCUACGCAGAUGACACCAGCAGCCAGCUUAACCUGAGUCGCCCCUGGAACCGCCCCAGCACAGAGGAGGAGGAGGAAGAGACAAUAAUGGAUGAAGUGACCUCACAGAUCAUGCAUAUUUGCUUCCAUAUUGGGCCAGACACAUGGUUCAAGCUGGGAGUGGCGGUGGGCUGCUACGCUCUGCUUCACUACCUCCUCCUUCGCUACAUGGUUGCCUACAUGCGGCGCCAGCUCACCCGCCAGGCACUGCUCCUUGUCACUCAUAUGUUCAACUUGGUGCUGCAGAAUAAUCCACAGAUCUUGGCACUUAUGCAAAGAAUGGGCAUACAGUUCCAAGCCCUGCCACCGCCACCACCACCACCACCACCAUCGCCACGAGCACAGGAGAAUGAGGAGGAGGGGAAGAAGGCCCUGCUGCCCCCUAACACCUCACACCCCCAGGAGACUGCCCCCACUGUAGAGAGAAAUGAUUCUUCCACUGAGUACACCUCCAGGUACUUGACAGACUUUGAGUUGGUGCAGCGUUUAGGGCGGGGCGGGUUUGGCGUGGUGUGUCAAGUGAGGAACAAGCUGGAUGAAAAUGAAUAUGCUGUGAAGAGGAUUAAUCUGCCAACUAACAAGUCAUCGGCCGAGAGGGUGAAGAGAGAGGUGAGGGCGCUGGCCAAGCUGAACCACACUAAUAUUGUCCGGUACUACAACAGCUGGUUGGAGACACCCCCCACAGGAUGGCAGGACCCCCAGGACACCAUGCAUAGCGAGGACGUGGCCUCUAUGUCGUCCAUGUUCUCGCCAGGCACAGAGGAAUCACACAGCGAGGUGCAGGUGGCGAUGGCAGACAAACCACCAGGGGACUCUAGCAGCCUGUCUGGUGUCCUAGGGGGGCUGGCUGUCACUGGUGGGCUGGGGGAACUGGGGCAGCUGGCUAACACAUGGGGCAGUGAUGGGAUGAGUGGGUACGAGGAGGAGGAUGAGGACAGUGGCAAGGAUUCAACACAAUCAAGUGGAGAGAGCCAGAGUAAUGUGUGGGGUGGUGACAAGGAUGACAGUUCCUUCGAUGUCGUCUUUGAGCAUUCCCAGGGGUCUGUUGGCGUCAGGAAGGAGUGCACGGGUGACUCAAAUGGUGACAUGAAUAACUUGACUGGUGAGGUGAGUGGUGAUUCCGACACUUCACAAACCGAACAGAGACACAGCCGUGAGUCGUGGGAGAAACUAGGAGACUGUCACCACCAUCUCUCUGUAAGCUCCUCCAUUGUGUUUGAAGACCCAGACAGCAAGGAGAUGCAAGGAGAACAGGACAAUAAGAUAGGAAACACAGCAGAGGGACCCAAGAAGAGGCAACGAGUGCGAAGCCAACCAGCAGACACCCACAGGAAAGGAGAGAGACCACGUACGUUAAGUCUCGGCAACACAACAGCAGACAAACUCAAAAAUGGGGAGGAGAAAGCAAUAAUCAAGCCACAGUCUAUCCCUCGCACCUUCCUGUAUAUCCAGAUGGAGCUGUGCCAGAAGGAAAGCCUGCGGGAUUGGCUGAUGCAGAACUCAAAGAGGGACAUUAAGGUGGUGGUGGACAUGUUCAAUGAUAUCACCAAUGCUGUGGAGUAUGUUCAUGAUAACCACCUCAUGCAUCGCGAUCUCAAGCCAUCCAACAUUUUCUUUUCGCUGGAGGGGAAGGUGAAGGUUGGUGACUUUGGCUUGGUCACCACCAUUGCCGAGGAAGAGGAGCAGCAGGCCGCCUACACACCCGCCACACACCUGCAGAGGUUCCCCGCCGAACGCACGCAUACUCAUCGUGUCGGCACUCGCCUCUACAUGAGUCCUGAGCAGGUGAGUGGGCAGGUGUACGACUACAAGGUGGACAUCUACUCGCUGGGGCUGGUGUUCUUUGAGAUGUUGGUGCCCUUCGGGACGGGCAUGGAGCGCCUGGCUGUCAUGACACGACUCAGGGAGGAGCUGCUCUUCCCGCCAAAGUUUGAGGACGACUUUCCUGAUGAGAGCUCCCUCCUCAAGCUGAUGCUGUCUCGGGACCCAGCGUGCCGCCCCACCACCCGCGGCCUGAGAGCUCGCCUUCCACUGCGUCCCCUGCAAGGCCGUGGCGUGGAGGACAUCUUGCCUGAGGACCACUUCCGUCUGUCCCGCCAACGCUCCCAUUUCACCACCUCCUCCUCCUCCACUGCCUCACUCUCCACCUCCUCCACCACCUCCUGAGUUGUGUGCUGUGGAUGUAGUUAUCAUCUUUUACAUUUUUUUAUCCUUCAUUUUACUUCCUCAUCCUCCUGAUUGAACAUUCCUUCUGUGUAUGUAUGAGUGUGUGUGUGAUUAUUAGUAUUAUGAGUGUGAGUAAUGUUAAGGUGGAGAGGGAAUGUAAUGUAGAGUAAUGAGUGAUGCUAUUCAAGAUACAGCUGUGAUAUUUUGGGGUUCCAGGCAUACACAUGUACACACACACACACACACACUUAGGUUAAUAUAACUAGGUAAACAAAACACACAUACACACAUAUGCACUAGGGUUAGACCACAUUUCUUCAUUAAUUUAAUUUCUUAGUAUUUUUAAGUAACCCAUCCGAGACAUACAUACAUACAUAUACACAGUUUUAGAUACAAUUAGAUAAAGAAACACACACACACACACACACACACACACACACACACACACACACACACACACACACACACACACACAAGGGAUGGGCCAGCAUUUCUACAUAACUUGCCUUCAUUACAGUUUUAACUAACCCAUCCCUUCAAGAUAUCUCACACAACACUGCCAGUAACAUAACAUAGUAUAACAUUUUGGCUUCAUCUAGUUUUGCCCUUCUAAAUAUCUUCCCUUCAAAAUUCUAACCUAACUUAAUCGCGAGUAAAUUAUUUUGUAGGUUUAAAUGUUUGGGAGUGAAUAUUUAAAAAUUUAGGAGGGAGUGGCUGGGGUGUUGGUGGGGGUGGGGGAAUGGGGAAGUGUUAGUCCAUUGGUACCUUUGUUAUUGGUGUCACAAGGGGUUCAUGGCUGGUCUUGGCAAUACUGCAACAAUCCUUCCAUACUGUUAAGGAGUGUGUUUAUGGUUUUAUUUAUCAUUAUUUGGGCCGCCAUGCAUAUUGAUCAGUAAAUUCAGUAAUGCUAUUCAUUUAGCCAUGUUUUUUAUUUCUUUGUGUUUUUUUUUUCUUAUUGUUUGAGCUGUCCUCUGUGUAUGUGUGAGUGUGAUUGCCAGACUGUUAUGAAGAUUUAUUAUUAUUAUUAUUAUUGUUAUUAUUAUUAUUAUUAUUAUUAUUAUUAUUAUUAUUGUUAUUAUUAUUAUUAUUAUUUAUUUCAUUUGAUUAAUUUAGUCUGUCCAGCAUAUAUAGAUAGAUUUAGUGUUAUUGUCUUGUUUAUUUAUUUUGUUUUGUUUUGAUUUAUUUGCUGUAUUUUUUUUUAGUAAGGAGUGUUUAGAUUUAGCAUUUAUCAUUUUUUGUGUGUUCAUUUAUUUAUUUAGUUUAUUUAUUUACAAUUUUUUAAAGUUUAGUGUCUGAUCAAUUGGGAAAACACUAACAAUAAUUAACUAAUCCAGAAUUACAAUUACUAUUCAUGUAUCAUUACUUUCCAUGUUAGGGAGAUUGGCUGAGGCAAAACUAGUAUAGUAUAUGUAAAAGAGAAGGUGCUUACAAGUGCUGCUCCUGAAAUGAAACGGGAGAAAAAUCAAUGAAGUCCCAGAGGUGUCUAAUAAUCCUCUUAGACAGACACACAGACAGACAGGCUGAGCUGAGGAGUGUACCAGUAAAGGGAUGAAAGAGUAACAGUAAAGAUGAGAAUAAGGAGAAAUUGUCAUAGGAAAUACAAAUUGGGAGAUUAUAAAGCAUUUAGUUUGAAAUAUAAUAAAAAAAUUUACUACAUAUUUAAAGGUGAGGGAAUGAAAGUACUUGUUAACUCUUGCACUUGUGAGGUGAACAGAAUAGGAGAGUUUGGUAAGAAAGUGUGUAGUUAAAAAGAUUUACUACAUAUUUAAAUGACAGAAUAUAGGUGAAAAUAAAUAGAAAGUGUUGUGAAGGUACCGGUUAACUCUUGCACUAGUGAGGUGGACAGAAUAGGAGAGUUUGGCAGUGUUAGUUAGAAAGAGUGUAGUUAAAAAGAAUUACUACAUAUUUAAAUGACAGAAUAUGGGUGAAAAUAAAUAGAAAGUGUUGUGAAGGUACUGGUUAACUCUUGCACUAGUGAGGUGGAGAGAGUAGGAGAGGAUUCUUAACAGUGUUGCAGUAUUACUUCAAAAGAUGAUACUUAGAAAGGUAUUUAACGUAUAUUUAAAGAACAGAAUAGGGAUGAGAAUAAGUAGAAAGUCUUAUUAUCAGAGGAAAUAUGAGAGAAGUUAAGAUGUGUUAGAUUAAAUGUUAAUACUCAAAAGAUUUACUAUAUAUUUAAGGGACAUAAUUGAGAUGAAAAUAAGUAUUAUCAGAGGGAAUAUGAAAAAAAGUUUGACAUUGUUAGGUUGAAAGAAGCAUUAAUACUUAAAACAGAAAAUCUACAAGUAUAAAUGAGAAACCUUGUAAUAGGAAGAUAUUCUAUAAAACUUACCUGUAUUAGCUUAAAAGAUCAUAAAGGAUUGUUACACACAUACUUAAACACAACAUCAGACCUCUACGUGCUCUACACAGGCAAGACAGGUACAAGCAACAUUAGAUCAGGUCCCAGUGAGUGUGUUUGUGCUUGUUCUGGUAACACUGCACACUAGACACACCUCGUUUGCUGCUAUACUCUGAAGGUUAACUAUAAACAUGUGGAACCAAACAGCUGUGUGUGUUGUGAUUUGUUGUGAGCUACAAAAUAAUAUUAUAUGACAUUUAAUUGACUUACAGAGAGAGAGAAAAUAAGUCUAGUCUCGUUCUCUUACUAGGCUUCCCAGAAAAAGCCUAAAUUAUUGAACAGGUGAUGGUAUGUGCCUAUGAUAGCUUAUGGUUGCUCUUCAUUAUCCAAUUUGCCAGUGCUGGUUGAAUUGUAAUCAUUGCCAUUUCUCAUGCUGAGCUUAUUAUUAUCAUGUCAUGCAUUAACUAUUUCUUUUCAUUUACUUCCUGCAUCAUUGUGAGUGCAGGAAACAAUCAUGAUGUGUUUUGGUUGCAAGAUUCCAUGUGUAUAUAUAAGAGUGACUGAGUGAGCAAUCAUGUUUCAUUGUUGUGUAAAUAGACCAUAUCUGUAAAUAAAAAAAGAUAAAUGUA